ACUCAGCUGAGUGUUUGUCAUAAAAGGUGUGUCCUUCCCCCCCCUUGUGACAGGUUGCUCAGAGCUGCCAGUUUCCAUCCCCAUAUAAAGCGUGUCUCCCGGGGUGCAGGGCAGUCCUGGGCAUCAUGUGGACCCUGGUGCCCACCACUUUCGCUGGAAAGAUGCUGAGCACGUUCGGGCAGCCUCUGGGCUCUCUGUGGAGGAGCCUGGUCCCUCUGCUCUGCUGGCUGAAGACAGUACUCUGGUUGCCAGGCACCCAGAGGAGCCGGCAGCAGCAGCAGCAGCAGCAGCAGCAGCAGCAGCAGCCCAGGAAAGAGCCAGAUGAGAACAGAGAGGAAGAGAAAGAGGACAUCCUUCUGCCCACCACCCCCACCAGCGUCAACUACCAUUUCACGCGCCAGUGCAACUACAAAUGCGGCUUCUGUUUCCACACGGCCAAAACGUCCUUCGUGCUGCCCCUGCAGGAGGCCAAGAGAGGACUGCUUUUGCUGAAGGAGGCUGGUAUGGAGAAGAUCAAUUUUUCAGGUGGAGAGCCGUUCAUUCAGGACCGGGGAGAAUACGUGGGCCAGCUGGUGCAGUUCUGCAAACAGGAGCUCCGGCUGCCCAGCGUGAGCAUCGUGAGCAACGGGAGCCUGAUCCGAGAGAGAUGGUUCCGGAAUUACGGUGAAUACUUGGACAUUCUCGCCAUCUCCUGUGACAGCUUUGACGAGCAAGUCAAUGUCCUUAUUGGCCGUGGCCAAGGAAAGAAGAACCACGUGGAAAAUCUGCAAAAACUGAGAACCUGGUGUAGGGAUUACAGAGUGGCUUUCAAGAUAAAUUCUGUCAUUAACCGAUUCAACGUGGACGAGGACAUGAACGAACAGAUCGCAGCGCUAAGCCCCGUCCGCUGGAAAGUGUUCCAGUGCCUCCUAAUCGAGGGCGAGAACACCGGAGAAGACGCCUUGAGAGAAGCCGGAAGAUUUGUCAUCAGCGAUGAAGAAUUUGAAGGAUUCUUAGAACGCCACAAGGAAGUGUCCUGUUUGGUGCCUGAAUCUAACCAGAAGAUGAAAGACUCCUACCUUAUUCUGGAUGAAUACAUGCGCUUUCUGAACUGCCAAAAUGGACGGAAGGAUCCUUCCAAGUCCAUCCUGGAUGUUGGAGUAGAAGAGGCUAUAAAAUUCAGUGGAUUUGAUGAAAAGAUGUUUCUGAAGCGAGGAGGAAAGUAUGUAUGGAGCAAGGCAGAUCUGAAGCUGGACUGGUAAAGCAGAAAGCGGAACAAGACUUAAACUCACCAGCAGGGAUAAGAAAACUCCUAGCGUGGCUGCCCUUGUUGGCAAGACUGCUGUGUUGGUAUUCCUCAACGGCUGAAAAUCUGAUUUCUGCUGCACAUGACAUCUGAUUGUCUGUGGUCACCGAACAUGUAGAUAACUUGGAUAACUUAAAUCCAUAGAUAAUGCAAAACCAUUAAGUUUACUCAAUUAUCUUACUGUUAUUGAGAAAGGACUUCUGUUUUUGAGUUUUAUUUAUAUAAAAAGCUUAGAUAAAUCACCUACAUACAGGACCUAAAAUCGAGUUCAAAGGUAUGCUUGUAAGAAAUAAGCUCCAGUGAUGUCUUUGGGGGCAAUAUCUAAUUCGGAUUUGAUUUUCUAAGAGAUGCUUACUGUGACUCUUAUAUUUCAGUUUUCAAGCUAUUUAUAUCUAGUUUUGUUCAUUUGACUGAGUCGAUAUUUUCUGCUCAGUCUCAAGAUACCAGUUUUUACAUCUGGGAGCAUUACAAAGUAUCUCCCCAAAUUAUUUCUGCUUGUUGUCAUGCCUUUUCCUUUUGGGACUUUAUACCAUUGCAAUGUUGGACGUUUUACCCAGGCGCAUAGAAAUAGUCAACAGAUGUUUCCAAGAACAAUAAAUGAGUAUCUUGCCAGUUUCCAGUGAGCGCCUAGAAGGAGACAAUAUGAGUAAAGCCAGCGUGGCACUGCCCCAGCACACAAAGACUACGGGGUGAAUGCCCUGCCCCUUUCUCUUUCGUGAUUCUUGGCAAAACCAAGACAGACACCACAUUGCACAAUGCAGUUGACGUGGAGCCACUGCUUGCAAUCCUUUGCCAACACAGUAUUCAGGCCACAUGAGGCCGUCAAGCAAAAAAGUAUGAGUUUGGUUGAGCGGGUGGUCGUCCCCUAGCCCUAGGUCAGGGCUGGCGCGAGCUCCCCCGCAAACAUGCCAGACGCCCCGUGCAGGAAAGAAUGCAGUGACGAGUAGAGAGUGUGCCUGGACUUUAUGGAAAUGAAGCCAUGGCACAAUAUAAGAUUUCUCAAUUAACUCUGAAUCAAUUGAAAUAAGAUGCAAUCUAGGUCAAUAUGAGAAAAACCAGGGUCUUCCUUUUCUAGCUCAAAGAAAGAGCACGAGGGACAAUAUCACUUACACUGGGUGAGGGAACAAAAUCCUCUCCUUGUGGAAAUGUUGCAUGAAGCGUGUUUACAUAACCCAAACAGUAUCUCAUUGCCUGGAAAAUAACAAUUUCCUAUUAUUGUUUCAAAAGAGCAAAUUCAUGGAAAAGUGUUUUUUUUUGCCCAAGCAAAGAACAAGUAUUUAGUAAUUUUAAUUCAGCUGCAAUUCCACUUCUGCUCACUGGGUGGCAUUUACAUGUUGCCUGAUUUCGUGAAGCACCAUCCAGAAAUUUUGCUUAAUGAUCUAUUUUCAAGACUUGGUGAUUUUUGAAAGGUUUGUUUUUUGUUUCUUGAACAAAAAAAUUCCUACUUAAAUUUUUAGGUCACUGUAAUUCAACUUAAAUAUGUGUGUGUUCCAUCCAGCAUGCUAUAGCUUGCCCUGUAUUUUCCAUUUUACGCAUUUACUUUUUUGAGAAAAGAGAACAAAUUAGAAAGUUUUCUUUCCCCUGUGGGUUUUGAUAGUAUAUAAACUAUGAUGGCUUCAAAUAAUUAGCAUAAACAAAAACAAAUUUUUUAGGUAACAUGAGUGCACUUUGCUGACCCUCACACUAUUUAGCAAGAGAAUAACUUCGGCAAAGAAUGACCACACGUGUGAAAGCACAAAUACCUUGUCUGAUACACAGCAGAUGCUUAGUCAGUGUGAUUUGAAACCACAUCUGAAAGUGAAGUUCAAAUCUUUUGAGUUGGAGUGAAUUUUUCUCUAAUGGCAGAAAACUAACAAAGAAUAAUUUAACUGAGUCAUCUUAUUUAUGCGUUAAAGGCAAGUAUUUGGGGGUGGACCUAAUUAUUGCUUAAGUUUACAUUAUAAUAACAUGAAUGGAAUUUUGUCUUAAGAAGCCUGGAAUGAUCAGAUAUGAGUAAUAACAUAUUGGUUUAGGAAGUACUAAUCAUCUCUAUUAUUCAUUGAUAAACAAUAUGGCAGUUGCCUGUUUUCUUUCCAGUUUUGAAGUUUGGCUGAAUCCUCUGAAAUAGGAGCUUGUGUUUUAUCUACAUCAGGAGUUUAGAGCCUAGUUGUUGGGUAGACAGACACCAGGACAAUCGAACCAAGUAGCAAUACGCCUCUAUUCGGCAAUAAUUCAUUCCAUAAUUACUCUCUUGUUGAAAGGACUCCAUUUAACAGGCUGAUUAGACAGAGACCGAUCAUGCUGUAAGAUUUUAAGGCUUUGUUUUGAGUGUGUCGAUGAUAUUUUCGUCUUUAGAGAAAUAUAUAGAUUUUUUCCAUAUAUGUUACACUUGAGUACUGGUCAAAUGUAUUGUAACCUAUUUUAAUAUAUUAAAGUGUUUUUUA